AUGAUCCAGAAGCUUAUUGACUUUCUUGAAUAUUGCAGGCGUAAAUUACAACAAUCAAGGUUAGACAUACACAUUGUACUCCACCAACUGCUCAUUUUUUCAAAAAAACAGAUAACAAUUGAAAAUAUAUUUGUCGAUUCAGAAACAAACAAAAUAGCUUUCGGCGCUGACCAAUCUCGAGUUUCAAACCAGGCACCAAAUCGUGCUGAAUUUUUUAAAUUUUUACUUAUGACAGUUCAAGGAGAACUCUCAGAGAAUGAUCAAGCAUUUAUUGAGUCAUUUAGCACUAACGAUGAUAAGAUAAUCAAGCAUGCUUUUAGACUUGUAUUAAUGCCUGAAGGUUUCGAAGCAAUCGGUUACGGCGAUCACUCGGUUGUAAUAAAGCCAAUAGAUAAUCCAAUGUUCGUAUUCAAGUACAUGCAAUGCGAUAAUCCUCAAGACAAACUUAUCAAAGAAAGACUCGGAGAAACAGAUCAUUAUCCAAGUAUCCUAACAAUUCCUCAUACAAAAUUUGUUUCAUCCAUUUACUGCCAGAAUGGAACUCUUACAAGCUAUGUUACCAACAAUCCAGAUCUUACAAAUUCUCAAUUAAUCCAAAUUUUCAUAAAUACAUGCAACUUGGUCAUGAAAAUCCAUUCUAGGAAGAUUCUUAUUAGAGAUAUCAAACCAGAUAACAUCUUGAUUGACGAUAAUUUGAUCCCACACAUUUCUGAUUUUGAUGUUGCUUUAAUUGAUCAAAUGGAAUCAACAGAAUAUGUAGGCACAGAGCUAUUCAUGGCACCAGAAGUUAAGAAAAAUAAGGAAGGUAUAUGCCCUUAUGGUGUCAAAUCUGAAAUUUAUUCUCUUGGAUGCGUUCUCAGCUGGAUGUUCACACACAUAUACGCAAACUUUGCUCAUUUCACUCCACUAGUUCCUCCAAGUAUCCAAAAACUCGCUUUGCAGAUGCUUUCAGAAAAACCAGAAGAUAGGCCAACUUUAGAUGUAGUUGUGCGUGAAUUAGAUAGCAUAAGAAAAAUACACUAUAAUGAUGAUAAUGAUUUCGGAAUAAUUUCUACACCUUUUUAUCAUCAACCAAAGGCCGAUGUUCCUAAAAUUAUUCGCGAUGCAGCACAAAAGAGAUCAGCAUACAAAGGACAUGGUAACAACGGAAAAGAUGAUAACAAGUUUGAUUUCAAAUGUGAAAGAAAAGAUUCUGAUGAAACCAAAUAUUUUCUAAGUAAACAAGAUAUAGAGGAAAAGAUUCAAGAAGAAUAUAAUACAAAGAUAUAUAAAUCAGCAUAUACUAGUGGUAACAACGGAAAAGAUAAUGAAAACAAGUUUGAUUUCAAAUUUAAAAGAAAUGAUUCUGAUGUAUUUCAAUAUUUUCUAAGUAAACAAGAUAUAAAGGAAAAGAUUCAAGAAGAAUAUAAUACAAAGAUAUAUAAAUCAGCAUAUACUAGACGUAGUAACAACGGAAAAGAUAAUGAAAACAAGUUUGAUUUCAAAUUUAAAAGAAAUGAUUCUGAUGUAUUUCAAUAUUUUCUAAGUAAACAAGAUAUAAAGGAAAAGAUUCAAGAAGAAUAUAAUACAAAGAUAUAUAAAUCAGCAUAUACUAGACGUAGUAACAACGGAAAAGAUAAUGAAAACAAGUUUGAUUUCAAAUUUAAAAGAAAUGAUUCUGAUGUAUUUCAAUAUUUUCUAAGGAAACAAGAUAUAAAGGAAAAGAUUCAAGAAGAAAAACUUAAGGUUGCGCGCCUAAGAUUACAGCUUUUUAUCCUCAAACACUUCUUUUACCAGGAUGCGAGAUUAAUCCUAACAAACAAUUAG